GUUAUAUUGUUUGCUAAUACAUAUUACAUUUAGAUUUUGGAAUCAUGUGUAGCUGUUGUCAAACUUGCCUCCCUGUUAGCUAGCUGACGUUAGCCAAACAACCAGAUCUGGGCCAUCGCGUUAUGGCAUAGAGCAAUUUUUUUCCAACUUUGUUUAGGUACUGGCUUCAAUAUACUUAAGUUACUCACGAAAGUAAAAACGUUGUUAGGGAUGACAAACAUUUUUCCAUAAAUGCUAGGUCUUGUCCAUACGCGUGCGUCUGAUCUGAAGCGAAUGUAUCUCGUAAAUCUUUGUCGUAGUAGAGCCGACGCAUACGCAUGGACCGCAGCUACUAUUAAUAAAGGAAAUGCAUUCAACUGAAAUGUGUCUUCCGCAUUUAACCCUACCACUGUGAAUCAGAGAGGUGCGGGGGCAGCCUUAAAUUGACAUCCACGUCUUCGGUGCCAGGGAAACAGGUUAACCCCCUUGCUCAGGGGCAGAACGACAGAUUUUUACAUUGUCAGCUCAGGGAUUCGAUCCAGCAACCUUUCGGUUACUGGUCCAACGCUCUAAUAACUACACCAGCCUGAGUUAUCAAAAAUAGUGUCAGCACCACUUCACCUCUGCAACUAAAUUGCUAUUCUUCUUUGUUUGUCAAUCUCUCUGACUUUGCCAUUACUAUUAAUGUCACCUUCAGUUUACAAGCCUGACACUACAGAUGAGCUAAACCAUAUUCACCCCUCCAGAUCCAGGAUGUUGAUCAACCCAGAGCAGGUAGCUAUGAUAGGGCAGGUGUUUGAGGGGUAUGUGACAGAGCACCACAGGAGUGACAUCCUGCAGAUCCUUCAGGAGCCUGAUGAGGAUGCCCACUACCCGGUGGUUAUCAACGCCAUGACACUGUUUGAAGCCAACAUGGAGGUGGGCGACUACUUCAACGCCUACCCCAGCGAGGUCAUCAACAUCUUUGACACCACCCUUCACCGAGCCGCUAAUACAGUGUCAGAGAACUCUACACAGCAAAGGUGGCACAAGGUCAAACACCACCUGCAUGCCCGAAUCACAGGUCUUCCUGUGUGUCCGGAGCUCACCAGGGAGAACAUCCCCAAGUCUCGGGACGCUGGUCACUUCCUGUCCGUCACGGGCACGGUAAUCCGCACCAGUGUGGCCAAGGUUCUGGAGUACGAGAGGGACUACAUGUGCUCUAAGUGCCGUCACGUGUUCUCCCUGCAGGCUGACUUUGAGCAGUACUAUAGCUUUGUUCCCCCUAUCAGCUGCCCCAACCAGGACCUCUGUAACUCCAACAAGUUCACCUGCCUGUCAGGCAGCUCCACCCCGGCAGCCUGCAGGGACUACCAGGAGAUUAAGAUCCAGGAGCAGGCCCAGAGGUUGUCUGUGGGCAGUAUUCCUCGCUCCAUGGUGGUCAUUUUGGAGGAUGAUCUGGUAGACAGCUGUAAAUCAGGUGAUGAUGUUACAGUGUAUGGAGUAGUUCGUCAGCGAUGGAAGCCCCUGUACGACGACGCACGCUGUGAAUUGGAUCUGGUGUUGAAAGCCAAUUUCAUUGAAGUGAACAAUGAGCAGACCAUGGCAGCUCUGGUCCUAGAGGACAUGCAGCAGGAGUUUGAGGAGUUCUGGGACAAUUACAAACAUGACCCUAUAACUGGCAGGAACCAGAUUCUCAUGAGCAUGUGCCCACAAGUGUUUGGAAUGUAUGUAGUUAAGUUAGCUGUUGCCAUGGUGUUAGCAGGUGGGGUGCAAAGAAUAGAUCCUUCUGGAACGAAGGUAAGAGGUGAGUCUCAUCUUCUGCUGGUGGGAGACCCAGGCACAGGGAAGUCUCAGUUUCUGAAGUACGCUGCUAAGAUCACUCCCCGGUCAGUCCUCACUGCUGGGAUCGGCUCCACUACCGCAGGGUUGACGGUGGCAGCAGUGAAGGACUCCGGGGAGUGGCAUCUAGAGGCAGGAGCACUGGUGCUGUCUGAUGGAGGCUUGUGUUGUAUCGACGAGUUCAACAGCAUCAAAGAGCACGACCGCACCAGCAUCCACGAAGCCAUGGAGCAGCAAACCAUCAGUGUGGCCAAGGCAGGCAUGGUGUGUAAACUGAACACCAGGACCACCAUCUUGGCUGCCACCAACCCUAAGGGCCAGUACGACCCAAACGUGCCUAUGUCGGUCAACGUGGCCCUGGCCAGCCCCCUGCUCAGCCGCUUUGACCUGGUCCUGGUCCUACUGGACACCAAGAACCCUGAGUGGGACCGCAUCAUCUCCUCCUUCAUACUGCACAACAAAGGAGUUCCCUGUCAGUCGGAGGAUUCUUUGUGGAGCAUGGAGAAGAUGAAGGCCUACUUUUGCCUGAUCAAGGGGCUGCAGCCGCAUGUGUCUGAGGAGGCCAACUCCAUCCUGUCCCGCUACUACCAGCUGCAGAGGCAGAGCGACAGCAGGAACGCAGCCCGCACCACUAUCCGCAUGCUGGAGAGCCUCAGCCGCCUUGCUGAGGCACACGCCAGGUUGAUGUUUCGAGACACUGUCACUGUGGAGGAUGCUGUUGUUGUUGUCUCUGUCAUGGAGUGCUCUAUGCAGGGGGGCGCUCUCCUGGGAGAUGUGAAUGCUCUUCACACGUCAUUCCCUGACAACCCCAGUCAGCAGUACCAGACACAGUGUCAAAUUGUUCUGGAGGGCCUCCAGAUGCCUCACCUCCUCUACAAGGAGAUGGACAGGCUCUCAAGACUGCAGAAUAAUGGACCAGGCUCCCCUAAAGGAACAGAAAAAGGUUCUCCUCUGCCUGCAAAGCAGCACAGUGAUCUGAGCAGCAGUUAUCAUCACAAGAGUUCUAAAUUUCAGACAAGAGGUCCAAGGCACUCUGACAUCACCACAGACUCAGAGAGUGGACUGGACUGGUUCCACUCACUGGCCGGCCCAGUGGGGGGAGGACAUGCCAGCUCGCCGAUCAUCACAACAUCCACACAACACAACCACAACUCCUUCUCAAAGCAGGCCCGAACCCUGCCAAAACACCCCGCUGUGUCGUUGCCGGGCAACAGCGGUGCUGCACACAAGGAGAGUGGGAGAGCACCUGUGUGCGAUAAGACACCCAGUAUAACUGCGGAGGAGGUGGUAGAGAGCUGUAAGGAGAGCAGUAAAAGCACAGCAUCAGCAGCAGCGGAAGACAGAUCCUGUUCUGUGGUACAAAAGGUGUCCAAGAAGCUGCGAGACAAACGGCUCAGAGCAAUGACUCAUGUUCCCCUUCAGGGAGACAAAGUGGGAGGCAACAUCAGCACCAGCAGAGACCUCAUAGACCAUCUAGAUGUGGUGCAGGCCUUCUCCACAGACUCCCUGCCCUCCCACAGCACACCUGUAGCAGGGAAGAAACGCAACUCAAAAAAGAACAAUGUCCCUUGUAACCUCCCGUCUGGAGACCAGGACCUCUUUGGUACUGUGGGGGCAGGGGGAGAAGAACUGCACUCUAAGUUCACAGGGUUCACAUUUAAACCCAGAGAGAAGAUGACCCACACUGAACCUCUCUGUCCAGAUACUGACAGCUCAGACUUUCACACAGAGAAUAGAGGUCCACCUAGCAGAGCAAAGAUGCAUAACAGAGAAAACCAUAACACAGUUUCUUCAGCUAGAGAGAAAGAGAAAACGGAAAAGAAAAAGAGUGAGAAACAGUGUUACAAAGACAAGCCAGCAGAGGGCAGCAGUUCUGCCAAGAAGCUGAGGGUUCAGUCUGAGGAGAAAGAGUUUCCCAUUGAGGUGUCACGUGACAUGAACCCAGAGGUCAGUGGUCCCACGGCGGAGGGAGGUGGUGAUGGGGGGGAUCAUGGGACAGAGCAGAAACGCCAGCAGUUGCUGAGCAGAAUUGCUCCAGGUGAGAACAGAACUACAUUCACAACCCCCACAGACCCUCCACCACUACAGCCAGACCACCCAAAGCCCACUGUGGCGGCCUCUACCCUGGCCAAACUCUCCAGGUUCUCCUUCACAACCACAAAGGACAAGGAAGUUACAAACCUAAUAACAACUCUUACAUCAGGUGCUCAGGUUACCUCGUCCAUAGAGCUUAAAGCAGGGCAGCAGGACACAUGGACACAAGCUAUCACCAGCAUACAGCAGAGGACAGGGAUGCAAGCUAAAGCCUCUACAGAGGAUAGGACUGAGGCAAGAGUUAGUGGAGACAAAGACUUCCAGACAUUUAACAGUAAGGGCCAAAACCCUGCUAUAGAUUCUGCUGUUAACCCUAAAAAGAGAAAGUGUUUUGAGCUGGGCUCUAAAGGCCUCUUCUCUGGCCUGUCUAUGUUCAGCUCCUCCAACUUUGAUGAAGAUGAUCUGAGUGUAGACUGGGAUGAUGAGUCGGGGAAAAAAACGAAAAUGUAACAGUGAAACAAUGUUUGAAACGAUGUAAUGUACUGAAUAUUAUUUGUGACUUCUCACCGUGUGUGUGCAUGCGUGUUUGUUGUUGUAUGGUCAAGAAUUGGUAUAAAUUUGCAGAUCAGUGUUUGAUCAUGAGAUUCACUAUUGACUUGAUGUCAUGCUGUUGUAUAUUGAACACACAUUAUGCCAUAGAAACAAUCUUGUAAAUCUGUUUCUUCUCUAAAUGAAACCUCUUUUACAAAGCC